AUGCUGUGUCACCAGCGGCUCGGCCACGAGAGGCUGUCCCUGAGGUCAUCCACCUCCUCUCUGUGGCCAGUGGUCAUGCAGGUGUCCACAGUUGAGGUCAGCCUUGAAGAGAACCAUCCGGACAGCAGCACUGAGGAACUGCACCCUGUCCCAGAGAACCCCCAGGUCUCUGUGGGCAGCGAGGACCGGGUGCUCAACAGCGAGUCUGACAUGGUGGAGAAUUACCAGGCUGGUAACUCCGAAGAUCACCACGAUGGACCAGUGUCUGCUACUGGCAGCGGCAGAGGCGGCCUCGGCGCCAGCAGCCUCAAUGGGGACAGCAGAGGCGGCCUCGGCGCCAGCAGCCUCAAUGGGGACAGCAGAGGCGGCCUCGGCGCCAGCAGCCUCAAUGGGGACAGCAGAGGCGGCCUCGGCAGCAGCAGCCUCAGUGGGGACAGCAGAGGCGGCCCCGGCAGCAGCAGCCUCAGUGGGGACAGCAGAGGUGGCCCUGGCGGCAGCCUCAGUGGGGACAGCAGAGGUGGCCCCGGCGGCAGCCUCAGUGGGGACAGCAGAGGUGGCCCUGGCAGCAGCCUCAGUGGGGACAGCAGAGGUGGCCCCAGCAGCAGCAGCCUCAGCGGAGACAGCAGAAUUGGCCCUGGCAGCAGUAGCCUCAGUGGGGACAGCAGAUUUGGCCCCGGCAGCAGUAGCCUCAGUGGGGACAGCAGAGGCCCUGGCAGCAGCCUCAGUGGCAGCGGCAGCAGCAGGUUCAGUGGCAGCAGCCUUGGAAGCCUCAAUGGCAGCCUCAGCAUCAGCGGUAGUUUCAUGGGCAGUGGCCUGAGCACCGGCUUGGGCAGCAUCAGAGGCGGCAGCAGUGGCAUCAGAGGUGGCAGCAGCAGUGACAGUGGCAUCAGCGGUAUCAGAGGCAGUAGCAGUGACAAUGGUGGCAGCAUCAGUGCUAUCGGUGGCAUCAGAGGCAACGGACCGGACAGUGGUGUCAUCGGUGGCAUCAGAGGCAGUAGCAGUGACAGUGGUGGCAUCGGUGGCAUCAGAGGCAAUAGUAUUGGCAUCAGCAGCAUCAGAGGCAGCGGCAGUGACGGUGGUGGCAGCAUCACUGGUAUUAGUGGCAUCAGAGGCAACGGACCGGACAGUGGUGGCAUCGGUGGCAUCAGAGGCAGCGGACCAGACAGUGGUGGCAUCGGUGGCAUCAGAGGCAGUGGCAGUGACAUCAGCAGCAUCAGAGGCAGCAUUGGUGGCAUCAGAGGCAGCAGCACUGACACCGGUGGCAUCGGUGGCAUCAGAGGUGGUAUCAGUGGCCUCAGUGGCAUCAGAGGCAGCAACACUGACAAUGGUGGUAGCUUCAGAGCCAUGAGCAGCAUCAGAGGCAGCGGCAGUGACAGUGGUGGCAUCAGUGGCAGCAGCAGCGACAGUGGUGGCAGCAUCAGCAGCAUGAGAGGCAGCAGCACUGACAGUGGUGAUGAUGCUGGUGGUAGCGGCAGCCUUGGUGACACACUGAGCAGCAGCUUCGGUGGGUCUGGUGGCAUCAGUGGUCUCAGCAGCAGCCUCAGAGGGGCAGGUGGCCUAGGUGGUCUUAGCAGCAGCCUCCAAGCAGUGAGUGGCAUCGGUGGUCUCGGCAGCAUCAAGGACGAAGUUUCCAAACAAGCUCUGGCUGAGGCGCUCGCCACUGCGCAGCUCGCGUACGCGUGUCUGCAGGCGUCCGAGCCCCGCUUCUUCCCGCCCCCGCCUCUGACCCUCCCCUCUGACCCUCGUCGCUGCCCCCGCCUCUGA